GUCUCUCAGCAGAGCACUCUUCUCAUUGGCUAACUGAGCCGCCCCGCCAUUGAAGCCCGUAAACAGCGCCAAACCAAACACUGCCCAACUUUUGUUUUUCUCUCGAUGGUUUUUCGGGUUAAAUGUAGCAAAUUAAGCCUGUCAAUGAGUUAACAAAAACAGUCCAAGAAGCGGCGACUUGUUUUAUAUUUAAACCCUGUAACCAUAGUGACGUUUAAAGGUCGUCUCGUGAGAGAAGCAACCCCGGACGGACGGAGCAGAUGUUUGGGGCGCUGGUGAACGUUGGGAGCUAACGUCAGCGUCGUGGGUCUGUUGUCGCCGCUCCCAUUUGGAGGCUCCGGCAGGAAUGAGCUGUCCAGUGAAGCUCCAGGCUCUGCCCAGCAGUGUUUUUGAGAAAGUUGUUACUCCGGAGAAUAUGCGAGUUAGAUCCUCUGUGAGUUCACUCACCCAGCUGAGUUUCCCUAAAUCCAGAUCAGCUCUGUGGGACAGCACACCUGCAGGAGAAAAGCUCCGCCUCCAGCUGUGCUCUCACAGGAAGCUUCGGCUGGUGCUGCAGGAAAAAACUCUCCGUUUGGCCCAGCGGCACGCCCGCCACAGCAACAAGCCCCGCCUUCACUUCUUCCUCCUGGGAUCGGUGUCGGUCGAUGCAGAUGAAGAGGGCAUCACGGUCACUUUGGACCGCUUCGAUCCUGGCCGGGAUCAGGCUGGAGGCUCCGGCCUGGUUCCAUCAGCCGUUCCUCCCGGUGGUGUUGUGGUUCCCUGCUUGUUCUCCGAUCGGCCGGAGCCUGAAUCUGUCGUCCAAUCGGAGACAGACUUUCAUCAGUGCUUUAAAGUGCUGCAGCAUGCGGUGAGUAGCAGGCAGACUCUGGAUCUGUCUCAGCUACUGAAGGUCAGAGCUCAAAUCAGCUGCUCGCAGCAGUGCGACGCCGCCGUCUUUAGCCUCAGCUGGCUGGCCGUCUGUCCGGCCGUGAGUGUGGACAUUCAGCCGGUCCGGCCCGUUCCCAUCAUCCCCACAGCUCUGCUGAGGAGUCUGAGCGGCGCUGGCCGGCCCUCACAGCCUUCCAGCCAGCAGAGAGGAUUUCUGACAAUGGACCAAACCCGGAAGCUCGUCCUCUUGCUGGAGUCCGAUCCCAAAGCCUCCAGCCUGCCGCUCGUCGGACUGUGGAUGAGUGGGAUCACCCACGUCUACAACCCUCAGGUGUGGGUGUGGAGCCUGAGGUUCAUGUUUGGCUCCAGUCUUCAGGACCGUGUUCUGUCGGAGAGCGGCUGCUUCCUCCUCGUUGUGUUUGGCCGCACCCACAGAGCUCCACAGUUCUUCCAGUGUCGAGGCUCCAGAACCGGACCGCAGCUGGACUGUCAGAUUCUGACCAGCACCCAGUCUGUCACACUGUACCAGCAGGUGGCUCCAGCGGACGGCGGGGUUCUGCGCUGUGAUCUGGGUUCAGAGGUCCACGGCAGACAGGCAGAGGUCUUCAGAGCAGCUCAGCGCUCUUUCAGCAGCUCGCCUCUGCCUGCAGCCGGGCUCUCCGUCAGUGACCAGGACUCCGGCGUGGAGGACGAGGACCUGUCGCCCCGGCCGUCUCCAAACCCCCACCCCCCAGCUCCACAGACUCGCAGGGUGCAGCCGUCCGUCCCCGAACUCUCUCUGCUCGUUGACGGCAGCUUCUCCUUCAACCAGAACCGGGACUCUGACUCCGCCCCCAGAACGUCUCCUCCUGACAACAAGGCCCCUGCUCCUGCCACCUCCUCCUCCUCAGCCCCUGCUCCUGCCACCUCCUCUUCCUCAGCCCCUGCUCCUGCCACCUCCUCAGCCCCUGCUCCUGCUCCACACCUCCACAGCACUCCCAACUCAAACUUUCACCAGCCGUGCAUGUGUUGUUCCGCCCGCGCCUACAGCUGCACCUCCAUCCACCCCUCCCCGGCAGCUCCAACUCCCUCCCAUCAUCACACUUCUCCUUCUGCUCCGUCUCCUUCCACCCCCCAUCAGAAACCUUGUGCCAGCCCCCGCCCUGUUCUUCAGCACCCUUCAGUCUACCAGCGCUCUCCUCCACCCGUGGAGUCGGACUCUCCUCGUCCUCAAUCCCACCAUCACACUCCUCCUCCUCCUAACCACUACUCCUCUGUGCCCCAUAAAUCCUCCCAUUAUCACUCUCCUCCUCCUCCUGGUCCUCCCCUCCUCUCCUCCAACCAGAAAGCUCUUCACCCCCCUCCUCCUACCAGCCAGCAUGUCUUCCCAUCCCAUCCUGGUCCUGCGUCUCCUCCACCCUCCUCAGGCUGCCCCAGUUCCAUUGCCCCACCCUCCCACACGUCUCCUCCCUCCCCAUGUCCUGCUGCUCCUCCUCCCUGCCACUGCUGCCCCCCUCCUCCUCUAUCAAACCCAGCAUUAGGAGCCAACCCCCUGUCUCCUUCUUGGCUCCCACGCCCCCCCUGUGUGAAUCGAUGCUGUGAUCCGUUGUCGGGAGUCGCUCCAUCGGACACCUACCAGCUCCUGCUCCACCAGGACCGCCAGCUGCGCCUCCUUCAGGCUCAGGUCCAGAUGCUGCUGGAGGCUCAAAAGAAACUGCAGGUCAACACUCAGACGUCCACAAGCACGGUCAGCGUCGCCGUGGAAACAGGUGCCAGUCUGUUCUGGGGGAGCGGCCCAGAACAGCCUCCCCCUCAUCAGAACGACCACUCCUCCUCCUCCCCAUCAUCAACAUCAUGCCCCCCCACCUCAUCACAUGAGAGGAGACCUGUGGGAGGAGCUGAGAGUGGUGACAUCACAGGUCAGGAAGUGCCAUCCUCCCCCCCAGUUCAGGCCAGCCUGAGUGGUUUACAGAGUCCGGUUCUGGGGGAAAGUGUCAGCAUGUACGCAGCCAGAGACGAGCAGCAGAGCUUCUACAAGAACCUCAUGACUCAGCUCCACAGUCGUCUCCAGGAUCCAGACGACAAACAGGAGGCAGAGGAAGAUUCCAGGAGGAAGAGUCUGCCCUCCUCUGAGCACUCCCACUCUUCCUCAUCCGCCUCCUCCUCAACCUCGACCCAGAGGAAGAAGCGGCAGCUUCCAGAACCAGACCCCGUGGUCAGAGCCACCGUUCGGCAGCUGCAGCAGCUGGGCGUGGACGUGGACGAGGCCGACGUGACGGAGUCGGACAAACACAGACUCAAAGCCGUGGAGAGCGCCAGCGUGUUGGCGAGCAUCAACCCGGCGGCGGUCAUCUCUAGACUGAGUGUGUCCGAGCCGACAGCCAGCGCCCUCUGCCCUGGUGGCAGUGUGGAUCUAAGCCUGGAGGCCAACGCCAUCGCGCUGCGUUACCUGAGCGACGCCCAACUCAGCAGGCUGUCUCUGGGAGGCCACACCCCCCAGCACAUCCCCACGCUCUCCUCCUCCAACGUCUCCCUGCUGUCUCCUAGCAACAUGUCUCUGGCCACCAGAAAGUACAUGCGGCGGUACGGCCUGAUAGAGGAGGAGGACAGCGAGGAGGAAGAGGAGCCCGUCCGGGGUCAGAAGGGUUCAGCUCGCCGGCCGCUAACCGAAGUGAAGCUCCUCCCACAGAGCCAGCUCCUCCGGGACCUGCGGCCGAAAAUGCAGCUUUUAACCGCGAGCAAACCCAACACGGAUGACAAGGAGAACCGAUCGGGAAGGAGAGACGCUUUGAUCCGGGCGGAGAACCAGCAGCCAGAGGGCUCGGUGGGAAACAUCCUGGACCUGAGCCGGCUCAGGCAGCUGCCCAAACUCUUCUGACCCUCCAAUCCAUCUUAAUGUGCUGGAAAUGGACCUGUUCUUCUGGACUCAUCCGGUCCCUGCAGAGGACCUGAUACCCUCAUUUUAUGAGAUUUUCUUGUAUUUCUGCUCUUUGUGUGAAAUGUUUUUGUACAUUUUUAUAUCUGUAAAUACCCACGUGAAGCACAUGAAAUAAAAUUUUGAUUUUAAUUAAA